AGGCACGCAUAAAUAAGAGCCGCAGUGGCGUGACACGGCGCGGACACCAAUCAUGUUGGCGGCGGCGCUCCUGCUGGCCCUGGCGAUGAGCGGCGGGCAGGCGUGCAAAUACCGAGAUCACAAUGUGAUACCAGAUGUGAUCGACAACGCGCCCACCAAGGCGCUGAACAUCAGCUUCCCGAGCGGGGCGGGAGCGUCUUAUGGGAACGAGCUGACACCGACGCAGGUCAAGGACAUGCCGAAGGUCUACACCGAUCUGGAUGACAAGGACGGGUACUACACUCUGGCAUUCGUAGACCCGGAUGUGCCCAGCCGGAAGAACCCGGAGCAAGGCCAAUGGCUCCACUGGUUGGUGGUGAACAUUCCUGGUAGCAGCUUCCAAGACGGGGACGUAUCGGCCGGCCACACCAUGGCGGAAUACAUAAGCUCUGCACCUCCCGAAGGCUCCGGCCUUCACCGCUACGUUUUCCUCUUGUACAAGCAAGUCGGGCCCAUCGAGCCCAAAGAGAACGUUGUUACCGCCACAACUGCCAGAGGACGUCCCAAAUUUGACAUCAGGACCUACGCCAGGGAGUACAACCUGGGUGACCCACUCAGCGGGAACUUCUACCAGGCUCAGUACGACGAUUACGUGCCCGUGGUCCACGCCACACUCAAAGACUGACACCUUUCGAGGGGCCAUGUUGGCAGGGCAGCACACAUUCUGUUAAUGUCAUCUGUGCACGAAUAAACACAUCGGCAUGUAUUUGUGUGAAACCAAUAUUUUCCCCAGAUUUAUAAACUAAAUACAAUAUUUCACACUGCAA